AUGGCGUGGAUAGUUAAGGGACUUAGGGAGGGGCUUGAUCGUUUCACCUCCGAAGGAGAGGAGCUCAAACUUUGCAGCCAAUUGCUUAAGAAUCUGGAUUCAACCCUCAGCGCUCUUGAAAAGAUUACCGAGACAUUGGACACGGCGCCUGGUACCUCCGAGACUCUCAAUGAUAUCGAUAAGACCCUCCAUUGGUUGGAGGAGUACUGCGAUACCUUCUUGGAGAAGGAUACUUUCCAGGAUAAGUCUCAACGCCAAAUGUGUUACGACACUGUUGAGCACGUAAUCAUACAGAUAGAACAUAUCAUGAAGCUCUUCAACACAGCCGAUCUUUUCCGAUGCGUGUUGAGGGAGGCAGAGGUGUGUUAUGGUAACCUCAAGGAAUGUGAGGUUGCUAUAAAAAAGCUGAGCAUUUCCUUGGAGAAGUAUCCCGGAACGGCCGAGCCUCAAGCACAGAAGGCACGCAAGUCGCCCCAACAGAGGCGACCCGUACUCGGGACUGCCCCAGGGGGGUUGCCCGGGCUCAGGACUCUCCCAGGGCUACCCGCACUCAGGGCUCCUCCAGGGAGAUUAUCCGUACUCGUGACUCCCGAAGAUCAGUUUCCCAGGAUUCAUCCAAAUGAGAGCGAACGCGGUUGA